AUGAAAUUUCUUGCGCCUGAGAAGCUCCGUGGAUAUGUAAAAACUCUCUGGGAAAAGCAUAAAAUCGGACAACCAGUAAGUUUUACCGACAUCUUCGGCACGAUGAUCGGCGAAUCACUCCUCGGAAAACACAAUCUAAAAGCCCGUCUAUCCGAUAUGACCCGACAUUGCGACGCCGGCGAAAACCCUCUUCCGAUCAUGGUGGCUGUCGUGGUCAAGCCAAAAGAAAGCGCAAUCAAGUACCACGAGUGGGUGGAAUUCACGCCUUUUGAAAUCGGCGUCCCUAAAUAUGGAACCUUCAUGAAGCCGGAAAACUUUGGUUCAGAGUUUUUCAUGGGCUCGAUUGUCCAGAAAUUUGAAGAGUUUCCGCUGCACUUUCUUCAGGGUCUCUGGGGAUCGGCUUUUAGCAUUUUGAUUCAUCGAGUUCUUGAUCCGAAGUCUCCUGCAAUGAAAGAGUCAGAAACGGAAGAAAUGAACCAAAUUAUUCAAGAAGAAAAUGUAGGCACCAACUCUGAUGAAGAUAUGCCCAGGAGAAGAUCGACAGGGAAAGGUUCUGACUAA